GGAGUCGCUUUAGGAGGAAAGAAAGUACUGUACCUAGAAAAGCGGGAGCCUGGUAACAUGAAGGAGAAAAAAGCGAAAAGCAAAAGCACGAAGGGAGGGAAGUAGGUACCCUGGAAAGUGUUCUCCUAACGAACGUGGUGGGCUGCUGGCCGGGGGUAGUCUGCUAAGCCCAAUCCUAAACUCUUCCCUUGCGCCGCGUUGCUCUUCUCAGGGGGACGAAAGCCGGCGGGGGCGUCGGCGGGAGCAAAGUGGACCCGAAGACCUUGAAGGAAGAGUCGGAGGCUGACAGGGCUAAAGCCGCGGCGGCGCUAUGGGAGGCCAGAUUGGAGGUGACGGAGAUCUCCCGCAAGGAGUACCGCGAGGCUGCUCGCCGCCUCGCCCGGAACAAUGAAGAGUUGGAGCGGCAGCGGCGGCGGCUGGAGAAGGAUACGGUCGACGUGAUCUCCAGCCUCAAGAAGCAAGACGCGGAGAAAGAAGACAUGAUUGAGAAGCUGAAACAGCAGGUGACUGAAUUGAAGUGCAGAGCCAAAGAGGAAAAUGAACAAGUGGCAGAACAAUUCACUAAACAGUUAGCAGAAAUGGAGGAAAAAUUCCACCGAAAAGCCAAGGAAAUUGGUCUAAUUCAGAUUGAACUUAAGAUGAUCAAGGAAUUUCGCAAAAAGAAAGCAUUUUUGGAGAAAGAACUUGAAGAUCUGAAAGAUACUUUGGAUAUCACAAAAAAAGAACAUCAGGAAACUAUUUGUAUGUUGGAGAAAAAGUUCCUUGAAGAAAAGCAACGUCUGGAAAGAGAAGCAGAGAAGAAGAUUAUAAUGCUGGCCGAAAGAGCCCAUCAUGAAGCUAUUGUGCAAUUGGAUAAUGCUGGACGAGCAGUUUUUACAGAGAAUGUUCGUCUUCAAGAGGCUCUUGGAUACCACAUGAAGGAGACAGAAGAGUUACAAAAACUCAAGCAAAAAUUGGAGGAGAACAAUGCCUUUCUCUUGCAGGAAAAGGAAACCAAAGACCUUUUAGUUAAGGAGAAGAUUCUACAAAUUACUCAUCAGAAAGCACUAAUCCAGGAGCUUCAAAACAAGGUUAAAAAACUGGAAGCAGUUGUUAAUCACAUGGCCAGAGAAUUUAAAAUAGAAGUAAAAAAAACAGAAGAGAAAGCUUUGGUGCAGAACCAAGCAGGUCGGACAGAAAUUGAAAAGUUGGAGCAGCUGCUGGAAAUGAAAGAGAGAGAGAUGAGCAGAGUGAAGAAAUUAGCCAGGAACAUCUUGAAUGAAAGGACAGAAGUGGAGAAAUUCUUUUUAGAUGCUCUGGAGCAAGUAAAACAAGAGAUUAUAAGCAGCAGGAAAUGUUACAAGCAGGUGGCCCAAGCCGCAUAUCAAAGGAAAAUGAUGGCAGCAUUUGCAGGGAAAGAGGAGUAUCCCAAAAUCAGAACCUUUAAUGACAAUGCACAUAGCACAAAUAGUGUGCAAAUGGACCUUUUGGAAGCAGAGAAAUGGACGAAUAUUCAGAAGGGGAAGGUGGACAUUUCUGAACUGACCUGGGAGCAGAAGGAAAGCGUGUUGAGGUUACUCUUUGCAAAAAUGAAUGGCUUAAGACAUCGGAAAUACAGUCAGGUUUUGGUUCCAUUAACACCAACCAAUGUUAAUUUUGCAGAAACAAAGACAUCCGGAGGUGAUACUGUUCCUGUUUAUGCUUUCAUCACUCAGCAGGCACCACUAUCUGAGUCAUCUCAUAAAUCACCACCCCUUCCAGAUAUUUAGGUUCUGCCAUCCCAAUAACUAAAAUGGACAUUAAUCAUAAAACAACUGAAGUUACAAUUCUUGCUUUCUCAACCUUUAUCCAUCUCAGAUGUGUAAAACUAAAAAUGCUGCAGCAAUGAAAUCACUCUGCUUUUGUGCAUUGCAAUUUGGUAUUACAUCAGGUCAAUUUGAAACAUAACAGAAUUGUUUCUUUAAAGAACUAAUUGAUGGCUUUCUUCAAAAAGUAGAAGCCUACACAUUAACUCAUUAUGUUUUUUAGUUUAAGAAGUUAUUUGAAGGAUUGUGUAUUCUUGAAUAAAAUUGAUUAAAAUAUGUUCACAGCUCACAAGUGUUUUAAAACCAUAUUUUGUGAAAAAAGUAAUGGAAUAAAAAAUAUUACUGUGACAUUAUGCAUAUAUGACAUAUGGGUGAACAAAUGUAGUUUUCUUUCAGGCUUAUGUGCUGAAUCUUUCACAUAUGAAUAUUUGGAGGUAGGGUAGCAGUGGCAGAGGCUACUUUUAUUUUUCUUAAAGGCAGCUUCUAUUUUCAUCUAAGCCUUUCAUAUGUUUUCAAUAGUUCUAACCAGCAUGGCCAAUGAUCAGGACUGAUUAAUUCAAAACAUUUACAAAGCUAGAGAUUCUUGGUCUUGAACUAAGGCAUGAUUUAGUAUUAUCUUCAAAAAAACAGCCAGAGUUCAUACUUUGAUUUAGUAUUAGAAGUAUUACCACUAUUAAAUUAUUAGAAGAAAACCAAAAGACUUCUGAAUUUAGUACCAUUUAUUCAUGAUUAACAUCAAUAUGCAAUUUUCAGGCAUACAGAUGAAUAACCUGUUCAGGUAACAGUGAUCAGUUUAAGCACCUGUUAGGUACAAAAGCUAAUUUGAUAAGACAAUAGAAAGCAGUAGCAUAAUUUCCAAAUUUAAGGAUUAUCUUGUGAUCUUUUUUAAAUCCAUGUGAAGAUCAUGUGUAGCUCCAAAAUACCAUCACUGUAUCCUUUAUUCCUAAAUAUGACAUAAGUGCAUCACUCAUAGCUAAUCAGCACAUACUAUACUGCUGCACGAUCCAGAGAUCUCAAGGUCAAUGAUAUGUAUCCUCAAGUAUGUAAAAUCAGAAAUGUCUCUGUAGCUAGUGCUAGAAUUUACCCAUACAUAACUAAUGAGAAAUAAUAUCAAUCAAUCAAAUUAAAGCAAUAUUGAUAGAAUCUAUUGCCCCUAUAAAAAUAUGUUGCUUUCUUGCACCAUUUGUCCAGCACUACUAAAAACAAAGCACAAACACAUUCUAGAUCCAAAUAAAUUCAGUGCAUAAAUAGUAAUGUAGGCACAUUCAUGUAUAAAAUUAAAAAUUGUUGAUUUUGUAUGGGUAAAGGGAACUAAGAUUCCAGUGAAGGUAAGAUUUCACUGCUUCUCCACAAGGCCAUGCUCUCAGAACAGCUCUAUGAAAUUAUUGCAGGAUACUUCACCAGGAUUUGCCUCUCCCAAAAUUUACUACCCCUUCCUAGUUUGAGAUACGACUAUUCCAGCAUAUGCAGAAUUUCUUGAAAAAAAAAACCUUUUUUUAAGCAAUAGGACAUACCACCCAUAGAGUGAUAGCAACUAUUGCAGUUACUGGUUUUCAAAAAAAAAACCUCAUUCUGUAGGAAGAGCUUGAAUUCUCAACACUAUAUCAUGAAUGGGAACGAAAGAAGCAGAUACUGCUUUGGCCUGAUUAUUCACCAUAGAAUAAUGUUUUCUUAUAACCCCCCCCCCCCAAAAAGCUAUUCCAUA